UUUGUCUUGUAGGAUGCAGGCAGAACAGCUUGUGAUGUCUCCGACGCUUCAGCCCUCAGAUGCAAACGUAACGCCUCCAUAUCUGGAUUAUUUCAACACAACAGAGUGGCGACUGGUACACACCAUCAUCCCGCCGUACAUCUUCAUCGUGUGUCUGACAGGGAUUCUGGGAAACACGUUUGUACUGCUGGUGUUCUCGCUGCAGAGGAGCCGAUGGACCGUACCGGAGAUCUACCUGGGGAACCUGGCGCUGGCCGACCUCGUCGUGCUCGUCUGUCUGCCGUUUUGGGCCAUGAACAUCCUCAACUACUUCAUGUGGCCGUACGGAGAGUUCAUGUGCAAGGUCGUCAACAUGUCAAUCAUCGUCAACAUGUACACGAGCAUCUACAUGCUGGUGAUGGUGAACGUAGACCGUUACCUGGCUCUCGUCUUGACCAUGAAGGCCAGAUGGCUCCGGCGCAAACGCUACGCCAAAGUCUUCUGCCUUUCCCUCUGGCUCUUCGGUAUGGGAAUGGGCGUCCCAACAGGCAUCUUCAGAGAACUCCAUGACAUCUCGGGUCACCAGAAGGUCAACUGUGUCCUCCAUUACCCCCACUACUCCUGGAGGAUCGUCCAUCACAUCCAGCUGAACGUGUUGGGCUUCGCUCUACCUCUCCUGGCCAUCACGUUCUGCUGCGGUAACAUCCUCCGGGCCCUGAAGCAACGUUAUUGGGAGGACAGAAGCGAUAAGAAAGCCACUGUACUGGUGUGUACGGUCACACUGCUCUUCCUCAUCUGCUGGGGUCCGCUUCACGUGGUCACCUUCAUGGACAUACUCUGUGACUUUCAGGUUCUGGAUGAGGAGAAGUGGUUCCAUGUCCUGGAUAUCGGAGCUCAGUUUUCCGUCUACGCGGCCUUGUCGAACAGCUGCUUGAAUCCGCUGUUGUACGUUUGCUCGGGGAAUUAUUUCAGGAGAAAAGUGAGCAGCAUCUACAACAGACGGAAACCAUCGAAUGUGUCUGAUGUCACCGCAAUGCAGAGAUCAGUUUUAACCACCACCACCAGUAACCAAAUCAAACCUGUUGUGUUAGAUGAGAAAGAUUAAACCAGAGCAGGUCCUUGAGCCACACUUGGGUUGUUAUUUCCUCCGUGUUUAUCGUCAACAUUCACUCUAACUAUUACUCUAAAUUCACUGACUGCUGCUGUAACGUGUCAG